CGCAAAAUUUGAAGCGGAUUAUAACGGAUUGUUUGCACCUAUUUUUUUUGUUCAUUUCGCACAAUUUUUUUCGGAAUCUGGUUGAACUUUUACAACAUAACAUUUUAAAUUUUCUAUUAUUGUUAAUUUUAUUACUGACUUAUUUUUGUGCCAAAAAUUAAUCAUCAUAAGUUGUAUCAUGCCGUCCACAUCGACGUUGUGUGUAAAAUACUACGGAACCCGAGAUUUCUACAAGGUUUUCGGAGUUUCCAAGGACGCCAAGGAGAGUGAAAUUAAAAAAUCCUACUACAAACUAUCCCUGAAAGUGCACCCGGAUCGUGUCGAAAAGGCGGAAAAAGCGGUAGCAAGCGAGAAGUUUAAAGUGCUGAGCAAAAUCUACUCCGUUCUUUCGGACCGGAACAAACGAGCCUUGUACGACGAGCAGGGUACCAUCGACGAUGACGAUGACGCCGACUCAUCCGAUAUCAACUGGUUGGCCUUUUGGCAGAAGUUCUUCAAGCCCGUCUCCACCGACGACAUAGAUGACUUCGAAAAGGACUACAAAGGAUCGCAGCAGGAACGACGCGACCUCAAGCAAGCCUAUCUUGGUGGCAAGGGUUGCGUAGACUACAUGUCGCAGUACGUCCCUUACAUGGAUUACGAAAAUGAGCCACGAAUCUUCGAAAUUCUGCGAUCGAUGAUCGCAUCGGGAGAGAUUCCAGAGUACAAGGCUUUCACGGAGGAAUCCAAGGCAAAGCGCGAACGUCGUCGCAAGAAGGCGGCGAAGGAAGCAGCUGCCUCGAAGAAAGAGGUGCAGAAAAAGGGAAAGGCUCAGAAGCAGGGAUCACUUGAGCAGCAGAUUGCGAUGCGCCAAUCCGAUCGGGAACGAGGAUUCAAUUCGUUGUUGGACUGUUUGGCCGCUAAAUAUGCACAAGGGAAGUAAGGGGAGGCCAACGAUCUUAAGUAGUAUUAAGGUAUUUGGCAUUUUUGAUAAAUGUAAAUUAUGCUUGCGUUUUGAAUGCAGGCUUUAAUAAUGUUCCUUUUUUGAAUAACUCAUACAUAAUUAAUACAAUAAAUCUUUGUUAUAACAUA